AUCGGGAGAGGAGAGAUUCAUGGACGCGUCCCCAUCAUCUCCGUGCCUGCCGGGGAUGUGUGCCGGCCGCCCGGACAGGGGAUUAUGGUGGCAGUAGACAGCAGCUCUGCGGGGGCUCUCAUCACUUGUCCGUUAAAUAAGCAAAUCAAGUCCUGACAGGCUUUCCCUUGUGGAGGAGGAGCUGCCAGCGGCGCCCGGGGGAGGACGCCCUGCCAGGAGAAGACCUUGUGCCACCCUCCCUGCCGCAUCCUCCUUACUCCCUUCGUAUUUUUGCCCAUAGUGUCCUUGUAAUGAUGGCGGACAGGACAGCUCCUGGGUGCCAGCUCCGCUUGGAGUGGGUGUACGGGUACCGGGGCCACCAGUGCCGCAACAACCUGUACUACACAGCCGGCAAGGAGGUGGUGUACUUCGUGGCCGGGGUCGGAGUGGUCUACAACACCCGGGAGCACAGCCAGAAAUUCUUCCUAGGCCACAGCGAUGAUAUCAUCAGCCUCGCGUUACAUCCGGAUAGACUCCUGGUGGCCACCGGGCAGGUGGGGAAAGAUCCUUACAUCUGCAUAUGGGAUUCAUACACAAUGCAGACCGUUUCCAUUCUGAAGGAUGUCCACACUCAUGGAGUCGCUGGCCUGGCGUUCGAUUCAGAAGGACAGCGCCUGGCUUCAGUGGGAUUGGAUGCCAAAAACACCGUUUGCAUUUGGGAUUGGCAGAAAGGCAAAGUUCUUGCAACAGCCACGGGUCAUUCAGACAGGAUAUUCGAUAUUUCCUGGGAUCCAUAUCAGCCAAACAGAUUGGUCAGCUGCGGAGUCAAACAUAUAAAGUUUUGGACCCUUUGUGGAAAUGCACUGACGGCAAAAAGAGGAAUAUUUGGGAAAACUGGUGACUUGCAAACCAUUCUGUGCUUGGCAUGUGCGAGAGAGGACGUCACAUACUCAGGUGCUUUAAAUGGCGACAUCUAUGUGUGGGAAGGACUGAAUUUGAUACGUACCAUCCAAGGAGCUCACAGUGCUGGGAUCUUUAGCAUGUACGCCUGUGAAGAAGGUUUCUCGACAGGGGGAAGAGACGGCUGCGUCCGUCUGUGGGACAACGACUUCAAACCAAUCACCAAAAUUGAUCUUCGAGAAAGUGAUCAGGGUUAUAAAGGUCUGUCUAUCAGGAGUGUCUGCUGGAAAGCGGACCGAAUAUUAGCCGGAACGCAGGAUAGUGAAAUAUUUGAAGUGAUGGUUAGAGAAAGAGAUAAGCCAAUGCUAAUAAUGCAGGGUCACUGUGAAGGAGAACUGUGGGCGCUUGCCGUGCACCCCAAAAAACCUUUAGCCGUUACUGCCAGUGACGAUCGCUCUGUGAGGUUAUGGAGUCUUGCAGAUCAUGCGCUGAUUGCCCGUUGUAAUAUGGAGGAGGCCGUGCGUAGUGUGGCUUUCAGUUCGGAUGGAUCCCAGCUAGGGCUCGGAAUGAAGGAUGGUUCCUUCACUGUACUCAGGGUCAGAGAUAUGACAGAAGUGGUUCACAUCAAAGACAGGAAAGAAGUGAUCCACGAAAUGAAGUUUUCCCCCGAUGGCUCCUACCUUGCUGUGGGUUCUAAUGAUGGUAUGGUGGACAUUUACUCGGUUGCACAGCGGUAUAAAAAAAUUGGGGAGUGUAACAAGUCUUCCAGUUUUAUAACUCACCUUGACUGGUCCGUGGAUAGUAAAUAUCUUCAAACCAAUGAUGGGGCCGGAGAAAGACUUUUCUACAAGAUGCCAUCCGGUAAACAUCUUACCAACAAAGAUGAGAUCAAAGGGAUCCACUGGUUUUCGUGGACCUGUGUGGUGGGACCAGAAGUGAAUGGAAUAUGGCCAAAGUACACAGAUAUCACAGAUAUCAACUCCGUGGAUGCCAAUUACAGCAGCUCGGCGCUGGUGACAGGAGACGACUUCGGACUAGUUAAAUUAUUCAGGUUUCCAAGUCUGAAAAAAGGAGCCAAAUUUCGCAAAUACGUUGGCCAUUCUGCGCAUGUGACCAAUGUUCGCUGGUCACAUGACUUCCAAUGGGUUUUAAGCACUGGUGGAGCAGAUCAUUCAGUUUUCCAGUGGAGGCUUAUUCCCGAAGGAAUCACUAAUGACAUUAUUGAAACGCCACCGCAAGAGGGGAUCAUUGAUUCCUGCAGUGAAGAAUCUGAUUCGGAUAUGUCUGAUGUGCCAGAACUAGACUCCGACAUUGAGCAGGAGACGCAAAUAAAUUAUGACCGUCAGGUUUACAAAGAAGAUCUACCUCAGCUGAAACAGCAAAAUAAAGAAAAGCAGAAUCCAUUGCCUUCCCUUAAACGAGAGAAAGCACCAGAAGAGAGCCUAAAGCUAAAGUUUGUGCAUGGCUACAGAGGCUACGACUGCAGGAACAACCUGUUCUACACGCAGACUGGGGAGGUGGUCUACCACGUGGCAGCGGUCGCCGUGGUCUACAACAGAGUACAACACUCCCAGCGCCUUUACCUUGGCCACGAUGACGAUAUCCUGGGCUUGGCCAUCCAUCCUGUGAAAGACUAUGUAGCUACUGGUCAGAUCGGAAGAGAUGCAGCCAUUCAUGUUUGGGACACGCAGACACUGAAGUGCUUAUCGUUACUGAAAGGACAGCAUCAGAGAGGAGUCAGUGCCUUGGACUUUUCAGCUGAUGGUAAAUAUUUGGUGUCUGUUGGUUUGGAUGAUAACCACACCAUUGUCUUCUGGGACUGGAGGAAAGGAGAAAAGAUCUCCACCACACGAGGGCACAAGGAUAAAAUAUUCGUUGUGAAGUGCAACCCCCAUCACAUCGAUAAACUGGUGACAGUUGGAAUAAAGCACAUCAAGUUUUGGCAGCAAACAGGGGGAGGAUUUACGGCAAAGCGAGGACAUUUUGGCAAUGUUGGGAAACUGGAGACCAUGAUGUGUGUGUCCUAUGGACGCUCUGAAGACUUGGCAUUUUCGGGUGCAGCAACUGGGGAUAUUUAUGUUUGGAAGGAUGUUCUGCUGCUGAAAACUAUCAAAGCACACGACGGGCCUGUUUUUGCCAUGUACGCAUUGGAUAAGGGCUUUGUAACGGGCGGCAAGGACGGAGUAGUGGAGCUUUGGGACGAUAUGUUUGAAAGGUGCCUCAAGACGUACGCCAUCAAAAGAGCUGCACUUUCUCCUGGUUCAAAAGGUUUACUCUUAGAAGACAAUCCUUCCAUCCGCGCUAUUGCUUUGGGACAUGGACACAUUCUUGUAGGAACAAAAAAUGGAGAGGUACUUGAAAUCGAUAAAAGUGGGCCGAUCACCCUGCUUGUCCAGGGACACAUGGAGGGAGAAGUCUGGGGUCUGGCAACUCAUCCCGUGCUGCCUUUAUGUGCCACAGUAAGCGAUGAUAAGACUCUCCGGAUCUGGGAGCUGUCCUCCCAACACCGCAUGCUGGCCGUGCGCAAACUCAGAAAGGGUGGUCGAUGCUGUGCCUUUUCUCCAGAUGGGAAAGUCUUGGCUGUCGGCCUGAAUGAUGGAAGUUUCCUAGUGGUGAACGCAGACACCCUAGAAGAUAUGGUAUCUUUCCAUCACCGGAAGGAAAUGAUAUCUGACAUCAAAUUUUCACCAGAUGCUGGAAAAUAUAUGGCCGUGGCUUCCCAUGAUAACUUUGUAGAUAUUUACAACGUGCUAACCAGCAAGCGAGUCGGCAUCUGCAAAGGCGCAUCAAGUUAUAUCACCCACAUCGACUGGGACUCAAGGGGAAAACUGCUGCAGGUUAAUUCUGGUGCCAAAGAACAAUUAUUUUUUGAAGCUCCAAGAGGAAAAAGAUAUGUAAUCAAAGCUGCAGAGAUGGAGAGGAUAGAGUGGCACACGUGGACCUGUGUUCUUGGCCCCACAUGUGAAGGAAUCUGGCCAGCACACAGCGAUGUGACUGAUGUGAACGCAGCCUCCCUCACCAAAGACAGGAGAUCUCUAGCCACAGGAGAUGAUUUUGGAUUUGUGAAGUUAUUUACCUAUCCUGUAAAGGGCCGGGAUGCAAGGUUCAAGAAAUAUGUUGGGCACAGUGCACACGUGACCAACGUCAGGUGGCUGUAUGACGAUUCUACUCUGGUUACUGUUGGCGGGGCAGACACUGCUCUGAUGAUCUGGACACGAGAAGCUUUUGGCAGUUUGGAGAGUAAACCUGUAGAUAGUGAGGAGUCAGACACAGAUGCGGAAGAAGAUGGAGGUUACGAUAGUGAUGUUGCAAGAGAAAAGGCCAUUGAUUAUACCACAAAAAUCUACGCAGUAAGCAUCAGAGAAAUGGAAGGUACAAAACCUCAUCAGCAGCAAAAGGAGGCAUCUGUGGAGGAAAGGUUCAGAUACCAAUGUAACCUGCCAAAAUCAGGUGAUAAUUUUGCUGUUUGCGACUAUUUUGACCCCUGCUCAUCUCUAAUCUCUAUGAUCAUGCAAUUUCUGAAAAGGCAGGGAAUUGUCAAGGGAUCAAGGCCGUCGGUUAGCAGAGCUACUCCUCAACCUGAAAAACUGCAGAAAAACAACAUCACUAAAAAAAAGAAAGUGGUUGAGGAGCUCUCCUUGGACCAUGUUUUUGGCUAUAGGGGAUUUGAUUGUCGCGACAACCUCCAUUACCUCAAUGACGGCACCGAUAUUGUUUUUCACACUGCAGCGGCUGGAAUAGUGCAAAACCUUUCUACCGGAAGCCAGAGCUUCUACUUGGAGCACACGGACGACAUACUGUGUCUGACUGUGAAUCAGCAUCCGAAAUACAAGAAUAUAGUCGCCACCGGGCAAAUUGGUGCCACACCUUCCAUUCAUAUAUGGGAUGCCAUGAGUAAGCAGACGCUGUCCAUUCUGCGGUGCUUUCAUGCCAAAGGAGUUGGGUACAUUAACUUUAGUGCCACGGGGAAGCUCCUAGUGUCGGUCGGAGUUGAUCCUGAACACACUAUAACAGUUUGGAGGUGGCAGGAAGGUGCCAAAGUUGCCAGUAAAGGAGGCCACAUGGAAAGAAUAUUUGUUACCCAGUUCCGUCCAGAUUCCGACACGCAGUUUGUAUCUGUUGGCGUUAAGCACAUAAAGUUCUGGACCCUGGCUGGAAGCGCCUUGCUCUAUAAGAAGGGGAUUGUUGGAUCUGUAGACAACGCCAAAAUGCAGACCAUGCUUUCCAUUGCCUUUGGUGCUAAUAACCUCACUUUCACCGGUGCCAUAAACGGAGACGUGUACAUCUGGAAAGAUCACUUCCUAAUCCGCCUGGUGGCAAAAGCUCACUCAGGACCAGUCUUCACAAUGUACACAACUCUCCGAGAUGGACUCAUUGUAACUGGAGGAAAAGAGAGGCCUACAAAAGAAGGUGGCGCUAUCAAAUUAUGGGACCAGGAGAUGAAACGGUGCCGAGCAUUUCAACUAGAAACAGGCCAGGCUUUGGACUGUGUGCGUUCAGUCUGCAGAGGGAAGGGCAAAGUUCUGGCGGGAACUAAAAAUGGAGAAAUCAUUGAGGUAGGAGAAAAAAACGCUGCUUCCAAUAUUAUUAUAAACAGUCAUGUGGAAGGAGAGAUCUGGGGACUGGCAACGCACCCCGCCAAAGACAUCUUCCUCACGGCAAGCAACGACGGGACGGCGAGAAUAUGGGACCUCAAUGAUAAGAAGCUGCUGAACAAAGUGAGUUUGGGCCACGCCGCCUGCUGCGCCUCUUACAGCCCCAACGGUGAGAUGGUCACCAUCGGCAUGAAGAACGGAGAGUUUGUAAUCCUGCUCGUAAAUUCCCUGAAGGUAUGGGGGAAAAAGCGAGACCGCAAGGGAGCCAUCCAGGACAUCAGGAUCAGCCCCGAUAAUAAAUUUUUGGCGGUCGGUUCUGCUGAAAAUACAGUCGAUUUUUAUGAUAUUACGCAAGGGCCAUCGUUGAACAGAAUCGGCUACUGCAAAGACAUCCCCAGCUUUGUGAUCCAAAUGGAUUUUUCAGCUGACAGCCAAUAUAUUCAGGUAGCCACUGGUGCUUAUAAACGCCAGGUCCACGAGGUGCCGUCAGGAAAACAGAUCGUAGAUCCAGCUCUAAUAGAAAGGAUCACAUGGGCCACCUGGACAAGUAUUCUCGGAGAUGAGGUCAUCGGUAUAUGGCCUCGUAAUGCAGAGAAAGCUGAUGUCAACUGUGCCUGUGUAUCCCACGCUGGGCUGAACGUUGUCACUGGGGAUGACUUUGGCCUAGUGAAACUUUUUGAUUUUCCUUGCACUGAAAAGUUUGCCAAACACAAGCGAUAUUUUGGUCACUCAGCACACGUGACCAACGUGCGGUUCUCACAUGAUGACAAGUAUGUUAUAAGCACUGGAGGAGAUGACUGCAGUGUCUUCGUGUGGAGGUGUCUUUAACAUACAAAUCACAUGACAAUGACACAUGGGACUUUUUGUCACGCCCCGCGCUGCAUAGGGUUAAUGGCGGAAAGGAAAACUAACAUUCGAUUCUAAAGCUGUGAUCACGUUCAGAUCAACCUUACGCAGACGGAUUUCUGCCGCUUCCAGGAGCACGGAUUAUACGACAUGUACCUGUCUGAUCUUAAUGUACACCAAACACCUUUUCUUUAACAGAAAUCAUUUAAACGUUCUGUUGGGUUUUCUACAGGUAUUUAAAAAUCAAAAGAUGUUUACAUUUUGUCUGAUAAUCAAGGGGUUAUUUUAGCAAAGGGGGAUGAUCAAUAGAGGCUACAUCUUUAGUGAUAAUUGCACAUUUUGUAAAAACAAAUCAUACUAUUUUUGCAUUUUAUAUUUUACAUAAGCCAUGUUUAAUGCACUCGGGCUCUUCAUUAGCAAUUAUUUUUUGGGUUUUUUUAUUAUUAUUAUUGUUAUUCAUAAAGUGCCUUGAAAUAUUUGUUGGGAGUGACUUUGGCGUCCCCCUUUAGACAGGUUGGUGCUAUAAUUACUUAAUAACAGUGGCUUCAUACUGAGGGGUUUUGUUAGUUUCAUCCACAUUACUGACUAGUUAUGCGUUUGCAAACCCUGUAAGCUGGCUGUGAGUCAUGGUAGUUAAACUCCAAACAGAAGUGGAGGACGUUAGGUUGCGUCACCUUAUAUUAAAAGUUUGAAGCCCCGUG